AGGAUCACUGUCUCCCUGUAUUCUGUCACAUUAGCCUCAGUAGGCUUUAUAUAAACAAAAUCCAGGCGAAGGAAAGCCUACAUCCAGCUUCUGUCUAUUGUUCCUGAUAUUGUCUCAAUUUUAUUAGGAUUUGCUUUCUUCUAUUUUGUGUUUUUUUUGCCAGCCUUCCUGGGAUCCUAGAAUUGCAGAUUUGCAAUCACACAUUUGCUGUUAGAGGACACAGGCACAGGAAUACCUUGGACUUCCCAGCUGAGAACAGGUGCUUGUGGAUGGGUAGUGAAGAAAUAUACCUGUCAGGCUGUAGGUGCUCUUUUACAUCCCCGGCCUGGAGACCCAGUGAAAGCUGAUUCCUGAAGGGCUGCCUCUGCUAACGUGAUCAUGUUCUCCAGACUCAACCUGCUCCUGCUACUCUCCAGCUGGUUAUCAAUGAUUCUGUUUCGCUCUGUCCAAGGAGCAGACUGCAAACCAGGCUGUAACCUGGGCCAUGGGCGUUGCGAUGAGAACGGCAUUUGCAGGUGUGACCCGGGCUGGGAGGGGGAGCUGUGUGAUGACUGUGCCCGCAUGCCUGGCUGUGUCCACGGGACAUGUCAGCAGCCCUGGCAGUGUAGCUGUGAAAGUGGCUGGACGGGACGGUUCUGCGAUAGAGAUAUUAACGUGUGUGCCAAUCAGCGCCCCUGUCAGAAUGGUGCCACCUGCAUUGCUACUGAUGGGGAAUAUUCCUGCGUUUGUCCCAACGGUUUUCAUGGCAAGGACUGUGAGCUGAAGUCAGGGCCCUGUCAGGAGGCCAGGUCCCCCUGUAAGAACGGAGGCUUGUGCACGGAUGACAAGGGUUACGCCGCUGAGCUGUCCUGCCGUUGCCUAGCAGGGUAUGUGGGCACCCGCUGUGAGGUCAACGUGGACGACUGCUUGAUGCGCCCUUGUGCCAAUGGCGCCACCUGUCAUGAUGGCAUCAACCGCUUCUCCUGUGAGUGCCAGGCUGGCUUCGAGGGGCGCUUUUGUACCGUCAACAUAAACGACUGCGCCAGUGGGCCCUGCCUCAACGGCGGCCGCUGCUUCGACCGUGUGAACCGAUUCGACUGCGUUUGCCCUCCAGGGUACACGGGGGUAACGUGCUCCGACCUUGUGGAGAAACCCAAGCAGGAAACAAGAUCACAGAACUGGACCCCCAGGAGCUGGACCAGCGGCUACCCGAGGGUCACCCUGCCCUGGCCUGAGCACACUCUUGAUGGCGCCAGGUGGAACGUAUCGACCCCUUCGCACAGGAACCAGCCAAGCAGCACGCGCCUGCUCAAGAUCUCUGUGAAGGAAGUGGUGACGCCCCAGGGCUCUCUCCUCACCGAGGUUCAGGUGAUUGUGCUGGUGGUGUUCGGAGCACUCACCCUGGCUGUGGUGGGCCUCACCACGGCCGUGGUGCUGAGGGGUCACUGGAGAGAGCGUUGCUCAAGGUGCCGCUGCGCCUCCCAGCCAGACAGGAGGGCAAAGGCUGAUGAGGAAUUCAAGAUCAGCAUUUUACCCCACACCAUGCCUGACCGGAAGAAGAAACUCAACACGGAGAUCAUUUAACAAAAAAAAAAUACGUCAACGUGUGCCAUCGCAAAGUUGAGGAUUUCAAAGACUGGCUUCGAGGAGUGAAUAGACCUUUUGUAUGGCCAAGUUCUGCAAGGAGGAAUUGUGAGGUUUGCUUGGGGGCAACUGGAUACAAACAGUGAAAAAAAAUAAAAUGAUCCCCACCCCAAACCCCAAUAUACAAGAACAGAUCUUCAUAGCAGAGACUAGCAGAUAAUUUUGCAGAUUGCUCAAAGCAGUAAACGGAGUGCUUCUUUAGAAGAGCUAGUUUACUUAAAGAGGGUCAAAGUGAUUAGAUCUAGGAACUGUAAAAAGAAACCGUUUUCCAUGUCAUAACAAAGGUAUGAAAUACAAUAGAACAGUUCUUAGGUCUUCAUGAAGAUGUAUAUCAAGCUUGAUCACACUCUGGGGUAGACAUUGACAUAGCAGAGACUUGGAGUGGACCAUGGUCUAUAUGGCUGGGUUACGACUGCACCAAAAGUCAUAAUUGUGGGCUGCAGUGUAGUGCCAUCAUCAUCCUGUUGACUGUCCAGUCAUCAUCCAAAGUCACAACAAAACAGCUUAAAACCGUGAAUAAUUCUCCUGCGGACAUGCACCUGUUCACAUUGUGCACUGUGGAUAACAAGGUUUAUUAACUGCAGCGAGAAUGACAUUCGUUAUUCUUUUAUUAGAACUAUAAAGGUAUUGCUUUACUCAUCAGAAUGUGUUGGUGUAACCGUGCAACCGUUUACAAAAAAAAAAAUUUAAAGUAAUAAUUUUCUUUGCUCACCCAGUUAUUUUAUAUACAGAAGCCAAAGCAAAGAGGAAAUAAUGCUACAGUUAGUUCAUUUUGUUAUAUCCAAGAGAAGCUCCAUUAAACAUCCUUCAUCUGCCUUCAGCACAGUAUGCUUUCUAAAAACAGAUUUCCGCAGAAACUCUUUCUCGAAUGUAAAUCUGACACGUUCUAUACCCACCAGCAAAUGAAAGCUAACUCAUAAGGUUUGUUAAUUUAGUUCUCAGAUAUGCACUCAUGUUGGCUCCUAUUCAAUUACAACAUUUUGUGCAGUAGACAAACUCCCUUUUAAAAACUGCAAUGGGAACAAUUUGUCAAUUUAAGUCCCAUUGUUAAAUAACAUUAAAAGCAGCAGACUGUCGCACCCUAGUAAUGGGUUGGGAGUAUGUUUUUAAAAUAAUGUGUUUGUCCACAACAGCAGUUUAAAGUGCUGUACUUUACAACUAACCUGUAUACGGUAUGUAUCAGCUUGUACUGGUUUACACUGGGUACGUCUGGAAAUGGAUGAAGUGGGACCUUUAAGAUCCAAGUGAGAGAAAUGGACAAUGAAUUACUGAUCCUCAAAUCCAGAGGCACUUCUACCCCUACAGCAGGUGUGGGGCUGUUAGAGUAUUUAAUUCCACAAUAUCUGAUAUUGUAGUCUGAAGAGGCAGUUUAAAGAACUGGCCUUAAAGCUAGAAAAUUGCAUAAAUACACUAAAUGACACAUUUUAUUAAUAUUUUUUAUAGUGAAUGGUUUAUUUAUAUACAGCACAGUAGUUAAGCUUUAUACAUAAAGAAAACGGAUCCUUAGAUGGAUUACUUUUCUAAAUUAAUAUUGUUGUCAGUUCUCAAUUAUUAUUAGAUUGUUUUCACUUCUUGCAUUAAAGCAAUUGUGUUUUUCACGUGUACAUGUAAUUUAUUUCAAUAAUUUAUAUGUGAAAUGUGGACAUGAUCUAUUUUGAAACGUAACUAUUUUUUAUACUUGUGUAUGUGUGCAAUAAAAACUGUGAAUCCUG